AUUAUGUUGGACCAGCAUAUAAGCUCCCCAAAAUCGAAGAAAUUUGCUUGUGGAUAUACAAAUGGACGAACUUUUUCGCCGUUCUGUGUGCCUCCACUACAUAGAUUAUCUCCUAACACACGGAUAUUUCAGCCCGAAGAAAUGUCUUGUAGAAUUAUCCUACCGCCAUCAUUGCUUACUCAUUUAAGCGAAGAAGUUCUGGUUGUUAUACUGGAAUAUCUGGACUUCAAGACUCUUAUAACUCUGAGCAAAACUUGUAGGUUGUUCCAUCGGCUCUGUCUCUCCGAUCUAAUAUGGCGUCAUCGGUGUAAAGCUGACUUUGAUCUAGUGACCAGAUGGCCAGAAUACUCAUAUAUUUAUCUGUAUGAAAUGUUCUACAAAGCUGAAGUUCUCAAGAAUGACCAUAAUUUUUUCCGACCUGUCAGUCAGCUCAAGACUUCUGUAAUAGUGUGGUAUCUGCUAAAUUCAGAGCCUCCGUCACACAGUGUUAGCCAUUUGACCCCAAGCCAGGCAAAGUCUAUAUGGGGGCUGACAGAUGAAUGUCUAGAAUCUCAUUACGAGGAGACCCAGCAAGAUAGAGAUGAUAACCAAGAAGCUGAUUACCCAUCUAGCUAUUAUGAAUGGAGUUCUUUGUACAAAAUAUUUGUUAAAAAACAUGGUGGUAUUGUACCAAUGCAGAACUAUGUGCUAAAGCGAUGCCUGCGGAAUCGGCAGGCCCUAGAGGAACAUUAUCAACUUUCUCUACACUCAUCUCGGCAGCAAAAGUGGUACCAGUAUUUAGAAGACAGAGAAAUGGGCAAUCACAAAGCUCUGAAAGCUCUAACGGAACACAUGCGACCAACAACACACAACUAUAUGCUACACCAGAUUACGACCAAGUACAUUGAUGGAAGGUUAAAGGGUGGUUUUAGGACUGUUAAAGCCUAUGCUGAAUUCUGUGGCUACUUUAAGAACUGGUUAGAUGCAAAAAGUGUGAAGUUAUGGCCACCACGACAAGGAGAAAUGGUAGCUCAAGAUUAUCGUCAUUGUCUCAAAUAUGUCAACAGAGAGCUAACACCUCUAUCGGAAGAAGUGGAGCUUACUGUUAACGACUUUCUUAGUAAAGCAAAGCCUUAUAUUGAGAGACUUCACGAAGUUUGGCUCUGGCAAAACAGAAGAGAAACUGCAUACCGUAAGGAGCAUAGGCCGUCAGCUGUGGUGAGAGAGCACAGAUAUUGCAAGGAUUUCCUAGAAAAUGGGAAUCUAGAGAGUUUCACCAAGCUUAAAUUGUACUUUGAGCGCAAGGAGAUUGUUGUGGCUUGGUUCAAAGAAAAUGGCUGGAUGCAUCCCUUACUGGGUGACUACGUCGUACGGCCCCUACGCCCGGCCUGUAUAUCUUCUGCAGACCUCCCCACCCCUCACUACAACACAGGCUGCAUACAGUCCCUGGUACAGAGAUUUCUAGAAACUGGUCUACGCUCUGACUUUAACAAGAUCAGAAAGAAGUUAUCAGACAUGGCGGGGAUUCAACUGCAGAAUUUGGUGCGCAAAUCGCGUCAACUCCAGGAGUCCAUCCAGCAAGAUGUAAUGAAGGAGGACUGUGUCUACGUGAGUGAAUUCGAGGACAGAAGCUUUAUGAACUUUUUCGGCAGCAGUUUCGAUAGUUUUACGGACUUCAGUCCAAGAGCGGAAGUAGUUAUACUAGACUGAGAGAGUACGUAGGAUAUUUUUCGAAUUCGCGAGAGCAUGUAAAUAGAGAGUUUGUUGCGCGUUUUGGUUUUGUUGCAGUAUCGCCACAUAUUGGACAGGUUUCACUAUGGUAUCUAUGGUAUAACCAUAGCAACUGGCCGUGCUUGUUACGACUGUUAAUGGUCUUACAGUCCUGUGGACUUAUGGCCAGGUACUCAGUAUGGAGGAACAUUCACAAAGACUCGGACAUGCAGUUUACCGUGUCUAAACAUCCCCUGCAAGUGUUUAUAUGUGCUUUGAAUUGCACGACUCCGACAAUUCCUCCAUUCCUCCUCUCCCAUUUCUUGUAUUUAUUUAUAUAUUUAAAUUUCUAUUUUUCAUAUUUUUCUAUCGUAGACGUACUUGUCUUUAUAAAAACCACCAUGUAUAGUGAUUAUCGGCUAAAUUCUGCGACGAUUCUUUUCGGAGUAAUUCUGCCUUGAAUGAAAGAGAUUUUGAUGUUAAAGUUAGCUAAACUUAGCUUCUGUACACGUGACGUGAGUGUCUUUUUUUCGCAGUUUCCUUUUACGUCGUUCGCUAGUUGUUAUAGAAAAACUGAUAGACUGAAAUUUUGUAUGAAAUAUUUUUCACAAAUAAUGAUAUGCUCAGUAUUUUCAAAAAGCAUCAGUGUGAUAUUUAAGAGAAAAGAGAACUUCCCGAGCAUCCCGGGUCGAUAUAUGAUAUGAUAUGCUAUAUGUAAAUCUAUUUAUUGCAAAGCUACUGUUGAGCUGCUCAACAGUAUUGAGCAGUGAAUGAAGAGAAAAAUAAAACAAUUUUCAAAAAUAA